AAUUGAGGAAGAUGAUAGAAGGAAUGUACUGAAUAGCAUGAUGAAUGUAUAUAUACGUUCGGACGUGAAAAAGGCUCUAGCAACCUUAGAGAGGGUUAUUUCAAUGGUUCGUGAAUAUAGAUUUCAUUCCCUCAUGUCCACUCCAAACUUUGCUAAUGAAGAGUCCCACUGCAUUGAAAAAAGUGGUAUAGUUGAUUCAAAUUCUGCAAAACUUGUUCAAGUAUGUUUGAAAAAUGAAGUUAGUGUUGAAGUAUCAAGCAGUAUACUUGAAGAAACUUUAGAAAAAGUUGGGACUAUCCAAAACUUCAGGCACACAGGAGUAAAUCCUAACCUAAAGGAAGUAAACUAUAACAAAGUAGUACCAGCUUCAGCAGAGCAGAAUCUUUCAGCACCAACUGGAGCAAGCCAAGCUGAUUUAUAUUCUUCGAAAAAUGGGACGACACUGGACCAGACAAUAUGUAGUAACAUGCAACUAAACAGUGAUACAGUCCAAGAUGUGUCUUCAGAUGACCUGAAAAAGUCAAGCAGGGAGAUGAAGUAUCGAUAUUGCUGUUUUCUGUAUUAGCUAAAAAGAGAAAAAUUUUAAGGCCAAUAACAGA